CUUCGACCAACAUACCUCGCGGUAUUUAUUUUUUAACGGCUGCGAAUAUACAAGUAUAGGACAAAACAUUUAUUCAGCCAGUCACUGCUCUGAACGCAUCGACGCCAUUCGUCGCGCGCACGCCGUUUAUUUCCCGCCGCAAAUUUAAAUCGCGCAACGAAAAGUAUCACUCAUUCCAUUCAUUCAUACUUAAUUAAAUAUGCCUAAAAAGAAAUAGUGCAUUUAAAAACGUAUUAUAGUUAAUCGCGUUUUUUUAAUUUGGGACAUGUGCUAAUUGUGACUGCUUUAAGUGACUUGUGUCCCGCAUGAUUAGCGCGUUUUCGUCGCUGUGAUAGUGCAUUGUGAAACUCUAUAACCUGUGUUUUGAACGUUUUUCAAUUUACGUUCUGUUUCGUGAAAUUCAUUUCGCGAAACGCUGUGAUAAACCUUCUUUAUGAUAGGUCCAUAUAUGAAGUGUCAACAUUUUUACCCCAAACAUUAUGAUUUACAAAUGGAUAUUAUGAUAAGAGUGAAGUGUUGUCAAGAAACUAAAAAUCCGAAGUGACCAAGUGGUGCGGGUGUCUGUUUUGCUACGUUCCGUUUCUUAAUCCUUUGUCCAUUCAAAUCUUCAAUAUGUCCGAUAAAACGUCAUCGUCCGUCGGCCCGAGGAGUUUCGAGACGAUUUCUGAGGAGGACGGUGAAUCGCCGUGGGAGAAACUGUUGGGUGAUGUGAAGGCUGCUGUCCCUACAAUUAUAACGACGAACGCGUCGAACGGGACGAUGUCCCCGAGCGCCGGGGACGCGUCUCCGCCGCGCAUGGACGUCGAGUCCAACAAGCUGACGCGCUCUAAGAGCCUCAACCAGCGCAGGAACAGCAGCGGCCUCCUCAGCACCAUCCCGCGGCAGCUUAGGCUGUCCCUUCGCGGUGUUCGCAGCGAACCUUCCAGUGUUAAGGAUGUACCCACUACCAGAAAUGAGAGUGCCCUAAACCUUCUUCUUAAAUAUCGCCAAGCCCGAUACGCAGCGAGACGUGUGCGAAAGCGAGUUAUUUUCAAGCACGGAGACUGCAAUGUGGUCCAAUGGAACGUGGCUAAGCGCAGGCGCCGAUACCUUCAGGACAUCUUCACGACCCUCGUGGACGCGCAGUGGCGUUGGACGUUACUCGUGUUCGCUCUCUCCUUCAUCCUUUCCUGGCUCUUAUUCGCUCUAAUCUGGUGGCUCAUUAUCUUCACACACGGCGAUCUGAACCCCCCUACAAAUUCCAGUGAACCACUAGUCCCAUGCCUCAAUAAUGUAAAUUCCUUCACUGGUUGUUUCCUCUUCUCUGUUGAAACUCAACACACCAUCGGUUAUGGCUCAAGAACGACAAAUGAAGAAUGCCCUGAAGCGAUUUUCGUAAUGUGCCUUCAAAGUAUUGUCGGCGUUUUCAUUCAAGCAUUCAUGGUUGGAACCGUAUUCGCCAAGCUCUCUAGACCAAAAAAACGUGCCCAAACAUUAUUGUACUCCCGAAACGCUGUCAUUUGCUUACGUGAGGGCCAACUGUGCCUGAUGUUCCGUGUCGGAGACAUGAGAAAGUCCCAUAUCGUUGAAGCACAUAUAAGAGCGCAAAUUAUUCGCCGCAAGGUGGGUCUAAUAUUCGCGAAGCUGGCUCGGGCCAAAAAACGUAAUACAACUCUGCUGUUCUCGAGGAACGCGGUUAUUUGUCUGAGAGACGGCGAAUUUUGCCUUCUGUUUCGAGUUGGCGACAUCAGAAAAUCGCACAUCUUGGAAGCGCACGUUCGAGCUCAGAUUAUUAGAAAAAAGAUCACCAGAGAGGGAGAGUUAUUGCCAUUUUACCAACAAGAGCUGAAGGUGGGAGCUGAUGGAGAAGAAGACAGACUGAUGUUCAUUUGGCCCAUGACUAUUGUCCAUAAAAUUAAUGAGAAGUCGCCGCUUUACAACCUUUCUGCCUCAGAUAUGUUAAGGGAGAGAUUUGAGAUUGUUGUUAUGCUUGAGGGUGUGAUUGAGUCAACCGGUAUGACGACUCAAGCGAGAAGUAGCUUUUUACCGUCAGAGAUUCUGUGGGGACACCGAUUUGAAACUAUGGUAUCUUUCCGAAAAGAUACUGGAGAAUAUGAGGUGGACUACACACGUUUUAACAACACAUACGAAGUGGACACGCCUCUCUGUUCCGCGAAACAACUCGACGAGCUCCGAGCCACCGUCUCCACUUCCCAGAAAUUAGAUCGCAUGCUCGGCACCAUUCCAAAGUCUUUCUCUAACGAUACAUUAGACAUGAGCUCAGUCGAUUCCAUGUCCCUGGACGAGCACAUAGAGAUAAAGAUACCUGAAGCGCGCGCGAGAGAGAACAGGCUAAUGGCGCAGAACAACUUCGUGCAGCACGUCAACGAGAAGAAGAACUCCAGUCACACGCACUUGGCGGUCGAGAACGGCCACGAAGCUCUCCCGAAGAUCAACUCGGCUAUCGCGAUAGAUAAGACAGAGCGAGACGGACAUAUGCACAGGAGCCACAGCCACGCGAGCAUGAAGAGGAUGCACGGUCUCGCGCCGAACGGCAUCGGCCAUAUGGCGAACGGCCAUGAUCAUAGAGCGGAACACAAUAAAAUCAAAAAGUCACCAAGCGAGCAUCAGAUGGAGUCGGUGAUCCCGAUCCUGGUGACGUCACCGGAGCCCGCCUGACCGCGCGCGCGCGUCACCUUCUCGUGCGACCAAUAGCGUACUGCGUACUCAAUACGCGCGCGUGUGUACGUGUAUUUGUACAUUCGUAUCGUUUUUUCUUAUAUAUAUAUUAAAAUGCAUGAAAAAUUUAAUAAUUUACUAAUAUAGAAAAAAAGCUUAAUAGUGAAAUCUUUAUACUUUAAAAUAACUAGCCACUCUAUCUUCUCUGUGUAUGUAAGAAAAAGUAAAAUUGUUCAUGUAUGAAAUACAUAUGAAAUAACAUAUCUAUUAAUUUGAAUUGAACCAAAUAAAUUGUUAUUGUUAAUUUUGAGGAAUGAAAAACGUAUAACAUCAUAUAUGUACCUACACGCAAUCAUCUGAUUUUGCGUGUCAAAGCUAUUUGAAAUAUUGUAUGUAUUGCAGUGUUAUAGAUUUUUUAAUAGUUUCUAUAUAUAUAUGAAAAUUUUCUAAUAUCAAUCAUACAUUACCAUGGAGAAAAAUGAUGUAACUUUUAGUUUGAAUCAAUAAUUUCUUUUAAUUCUUAAUGGCAACACCCAUAUCUUAUGGCUUAAGGUAUCAAUGACUACAGAUACGUAAAUAGCGCAAAAUAAUUCUAUUCUUUAUUAGAAAUGUAUCAGUUAUACAAAAAGAAAACAAAUCGUUCAGAAAAUUACUUUUAUACCGUGUCAUUUUUGUUCAUGAAGUAUUCUGGAAAUAAUUGCUUGUUGUUUGAACAAAAGAAAUAGAAAAUUUAAUGUCAGUUAAAGGACGGCUAGGAUUCAUUACUAAAUAAACUCGAAGACACGUUCGAUGAACUGUCAUGACAUUAGAUACAUUGACUUUCAUUUAUUCAAUUAUUUAUGAUACAAAUUUUAUUGUACUUUUAGUCAAACAUUUAGAAAAGCAUACAUUAUAGUACAUAAAUAUACCUUAACGUAUAAAUUCACAUUCAUCUAUAAAAUUAAACAGAAAAUUUUAAAAAGUUUUGAAAAAUUCCGAAGCCGGAAAUAUUAAAAUUUUGCGUACUUUAAAUGACAAGAACAGUUCUAUCGAGAUGUUCCAAGAUGGAUGGUUGCCAACAUUCUCUGCGUUGUAGCAUUGCCGCUAAUACGUAAAUAAAAUGUCACAACAGUAUUAUUUCUAAUUAAUUUAAACACACGAAUUAUAAUACUUUUCUGUUCCGAGAGUGACUUCCUUAGCUCUUACGACUGAACAGUAUGUGGGUAACAUUUAAAAAAAUAUAUAUCUUUGGAUCAAUACGUUUCAUUUGUUUAUAAAAGAAAACUAGAGACAGUGGAGAUAGAUGUGUUAUUCAUAUAUCAUGUAUCUGUUAAUUAAAAUAUUUAUAUUAAAAUUUAAUGUGGCUUCUUAUAUGUAUUAUUAGUAAUAGUAUUUUCUAUGUUAAUGUACAAAUCACCUACACGAGGUAUCAGUAAAACAGAACAGGGUUGUACUGUAGACCAAGUAUUUAUUAACGAUUAAUUAGUGAAAUUAGACAUAGGGUGUAUCGAAAUUUACAUAUGAUAUGAUUGUUUCAAAAAUAAUUAUACUGUUUUUAAAUUUCAACCCUGUGUUUUAGGUUAAGGCUUCUAGUUCUAGAAUUUAUAUUGUUCUAUCGUCAGUCAAACUAAGGAUAGAAACUUCUUCCAAAAUAUAGUUUAAUAAUUAUAUAAUUGCUUCCUUUUUACCAGUCGGUGUGACCGUGACUUAUUCAAAAUUCCUAUAUACUUAAUAGAAAAAUUUAAGGCAAGUAUACCAUUAGGCUUUUAGGGCUUCUCGUUACAGUGCGUCAACACAGGGCUAAUGAUCAACAUCGUUUGUCAUUCGUCAUGUUUAGACGGACUAUAAGUAAUUGUACUAGUGUUUAUGUAUCUCGUAGUGAAUCAAAACUAUAUUUAUAUAAUCAUUUAUUUAAAGAAAUUUGCUUUUAAAGAUAUAACGUACAAAUAUGUGUACUGCUAUUAUACAAUCGGCUUUUUCUAUGUAACUAUUCAGUAAUUUUAAACUUUUUAUACAAUGUACUUAAUCACGUGUUAUGGUAGGAUAAUGAUAAUAAUGUAUACCAGAAUUAAAUUUUCUUUAAUAUCUAACAUGUAAUAUCGUUCAAUAGCAAACUAAGAGCUAUGCAUUAUUUUCAAUAUUUGCUUAGCAGCUGAUUUCGUGGUUAAGUACUGUUUUAAUGUAAUUGACAAAAUAAAUAAAUUUAUUGUACAAAUUAUAAUAGACGACUGAAACAUUUACUACUGUUACUACGAGUAUAAUAUUAUAUAGAUCUUGUGAUAUUUGUCGAUGUUCAAAUACGAAUUUAUUAUAAAUGUUAAAAAUUAUCUUUUAUGAAAUUUUAUCUGUUCGUCAACACUGUUAUAUUAAUAAAAAUUUUAAUUAAACAUUAAUGCUGUCUCCAUAUUAUGUUAUUUGACUUUGUUCAAAGAAGUUUGUGCCAAAAAUAUAACAUUGUAUAAUAUUUGAAUAUAUUUCUUACAUUUAACACUAUUCCAGUGUUGGCAUAAAGCAGUUAAAAUAAAGAUAAAUAGAUUACUAAUAUAUUGAAGAAUUUUCGAAUAGUCAGGGCGGUGCUGGCGCCGCAACAUUCAAUAAAACUUAGUCCAAUGUGAUGCUUUUAUAAACCAAUAUGAUGAAUUGUUCUAGAAUUUAAAUAUAAAAUGUAUUGAUAUUUA